AUACAAUAUGGUACUAGUACAGGAGUUCCUGCCUUUUCCUGCCAUGGAGAAUCCAAUUACCUCUAUCGUAUUUAUAUAAACCUAGCCUUCAGCUACCGGGAGGAAGGCCCACUCGAGUUUCCGAGACUUACGACCAAAGCUAGCGCUCGCUGACGAAGUCUUGUCACCUACGGCUAAACUUGGGGUCACAGUUCCACAUUGCCACAACUGUUUACAUUUUUUGGUCUUUUCAUCGUGUUCGCCUUCUUCGUCUAUCUCUUCCACUUCUCUCGUUUAUUUCAUAUACAAUAUCUUGUUAAUAUGGCUGCCAACACUUUGAGAAAGAGAAAAAUCGCAGUUCUAGGUUCCCGUUCAGUUGGCAAAUCUUCUCUUGUCAUACAGUUCAUCGAGAACCAUUUUGUCGAUGCAUACUAUCCAACCAUCGAAAACACCUUUUCGAAAGGCGUAGCUUAUAGAGGCGUGGAAUAUGACUGUGACAUCAUUGACACCGCUGGCCAGGACGAGUACUCGAUUCUCAGUUCUAAACAUGCAAUUGGUAUUCACGGCUACGUCCUCGUAUACUCAGUCGCCUCAAGACGAUCUUUUGACAUGAUCAAAAUCGUAUACGACAAAAUCGUUGAUUUUUGUGGCAAAAACGAUAUCCCAUGUGUAAUCGUCGGCGCUAAAACUGAUUUACAGUCGAGCAGACAGGUGGCUCCAAAUGAAGGGGAAGAGUUGGCAAAACUCAACAACGCUGCUUGGGUUGAGACUAGCGCAAAGAAUAAUGUCAACGUUGGCAAAGUCUUCGAGCUAUGUCUUGCGGAGAUUGAGAAGCGAUCACCGUCUAGCAAAACGGAUCAGCCAGAAGCAAGCAGGUGUCUCAUUAUGUGAUAGACGCGACUCGGCCAUCUCUGGUCACCUGUCUGUCAUGCUCUCCGGUUACCCAGUCUCCCUUCAUACCCUAAGCCGCUCGUUUUCCCUUGCACAAAUAUUUCCCUCCGUUCCCUAGGAGUUCUUCAUUUUAUCCGAUUUUUCCAUCGGAUUAGACUGUUCUUUUAUAGUCCACUACAUUGGUCAAUGUCUCGCUGCGACUUGUACAGUGUGUAAAAUAAUGCUUUCCUGGGGUCUCUCUGCCUGGUUUUCAACAGUACUAGUGUCUUCCCUGGUGGUUCAUAAUUCGUAUUCAUAUUUACACAA